AUGAAGCGACGAAUAUCUCCCACAACGGUAGCCGCAGACCAGGACACCCCCCGACGCCGACGACAGCCUCAAACCAGCUGCAAUUUCUGCCGCUCCAAGAAGCUGAAGUGUGACCGUGGCCAGCCAUGCGCCAACUGCACCACUCGCGGUAUCCAGUGUGAGGGCCAAACCUCGCCACCGCCGCGUACUCUUGGUCUGGGCAAGAGUGCAGCAGGCCCGGAUGCGGUCUUGGAAAGGCUGCACCGGCUCGAGGAAGCCGUCUUCGGCCCCGCCACGCCGACUGCACCAACCGACGUCAGCACUGUCGCUUCAGCUCAGCCGCCGGGCUCAAGUCCUGACGAGGAGCCUGUGUCAAAUUCUAGCAGGGCUCGGUGUAAAACCUCGGCGGAGCUGGACUAUAAUCUUGCCGCUCCGGACUAUCUUGACAACACAGACUUCCACGUCGUCAACUUCAUCCACUAUCCAACCGCGCAGGCCACGAUUGCCAAAAUGUACACGCAGCUGCGACAGGGCGAGAAGGUCAACCUUGCCUCUGUAGCUUUUGUUCUCAGCUUCUGUGCUGCGACCGCUUUCUUCUGGGACCAGGAAUUUCCCUGUGGUUUCAGCUUCCUGUCAGAAGAGAACGCCGCCGCCUACUCCCAAGUAUGGCGAGCAUCCGCCUUCGAUUUGUUGGACCAGUCUCAACGGGCAGCUCUGAACUCACUGGAUGCCAUUAUUGGCAGGCUGAUCCUUGCAGAUCUGAUUUACAACAUGGAAGGCACCUCGUCUCGCUUUCGCUACAUCCAAAGUGGUGCUCGCGCGGCGGCUUAUGAGAUGGGCUUGCACCUGAUUGAUCUACCAGGCCACGAGGACGGGGACACCAGCAUCUACCGCGAGAUGAAGAGACGCGUAUGGUGGUAUCUAGCCUCGACGGACUGGCUCCUGGGCGCUAUGGGAGGCCCGCCCGGUAGGAUAUAUACGGUCAACCCAAGACACAUGCAGGUAAACUAUCCUCAUUACAUUGCAGACUCCGACCCAAUGGUCGCUAUGUACGGUGCGUGGGCGGAGACAGCACUAUUACACAUGAACAUGCGAAUUCGCCUUGGCGAGAUCUGUCGUCAAGUCGUCGAUGCGUUGCCUCUGGGCUCUGGGGAUAUCGACAAUCUACCAUAUUCGAAGAUCGCCGCCUUGGAUCGACUCUUUGAACAACUUCAAUUGGACAUUCCAACCGUGGUUUCAACGGCAGACAUGAACUCUCUGGGCGCCACAGCGCAAACGCUAGCUUUCCAACGGUCUGUCGGCACGAUCUCUUUGAACGCACGAUGGGCGCGACUGCUGAGACCAUUGCUGCAAGCCAGUAAUGUGCCAAAACAAUUCGAGGUCUUUCGCAAGAGGUGCCUGAACUCGACAGAAACAGUCAUCGAAAUAGCAUCGACAAUACUCAGCGCGGCUGUGGACUCUCCGAGCUCAACUGAUUCUGGCAGCAACCGUAUGACGUCGCGCCGCAGCCCUUACCGUAGCGGACUGAUCAUAAACCACCUGUUCAUGGCAUGCACUGUCCUCGCUACGGACCCGGCACUGAGGGAGAACGCAGGCGCGGCAACAAGCACGCACGCAGAUGCUGGAACAGAGCGCCGAAGGGCUGCGCUGGCAAAUGCGUGCCGGCUGCUCGAGAAGGCGGGCGAGAAGAGCGGCAUGGCUGCUGCAAUGGUGCGACGGCUGGUCGGUGUCUUGAGAAAACACAGGGUGCACGGAGUGGAGAGUGACGGCAGAAGCUUGCGAAUCCAGGAUGCACCCGUGACUGGCACGCUUGCCGCACCUGACCAAAACUCGGUGCAGAAGUUGCAACAGGCUCUGCCGAUGGCGGAAAUCUCUGUGGGCCCUGCAGGACAACAACAUGGCAUUCCACAGGGCUGGGGCUUUGGUGCGGCGGUAAUGGAUCCAAUCGGACUGGGUGGGAUCUGGGACGAGUUCUUCGAGACAAAUCCCACGGACGAUGGAUGGCAGCAGCUGUUUGCAGACCUGGAUUCUUUCGCUGGAGGGGUAUGA